ACGGCCCGUCACCCCUGCCACCCCUGCGGUGGUAACGCCGAGAGAGAAGAGACGCUCCGCUGUGGACCCCAGAAAAGAGAAGGAGCGCGCUCCCUCCCAAGGGAAAGACAGAUGUGGGGCUCACGAAAGGGAGGCAGACAGCGGCGCGGGGCUGGCCGGGCAGAGCGGGGGCGUGGCGGGAUGAGGGAAGCUCCCGGGAGAAAGCAGACCACACCACCGGGAGGUCCUCCGCGACGGAGAGAGGAAGAGGCGCCGCGUACAGGGCCCGGGAGGGGGCGUGCAGUUUGGCCCGAGGGUCCCGAGCUGAAACUCAACACCCGCCUUUGGAGGGAUCGUCCUCCUUUCUCCUCCGCCCCUUCCCUUCCCCUCCCUUUUCCCCUCCCUCCUUUCUUUUAAUCCCCAGGACUGAGUCCCGCGCCGGAGCUGAGAGGGCCCGAGGGGAGGAGGAAGAAACUGCCCUGAGAGGGAGCCAGGAGCCCGGGAAGGGGAGGGAAGGGGAACCGCGCGUGGGGGCUGAGCUCGAAGGCCACGCGCGACCCCCCGGAGCCUUCGCAGCCCCUUCAGUGUUCCCCCUACCCACUCCAGGCGAGUCCACAGGACCCUGGCCCCUGCUCCUCCUUCGCCUUCUCUGUGCUGCUUCCUUUGCUUUGUGGCUUUCCUCUCCGUCCCCAGAGACACCUGGGAGCUGCCCAGAGCUCCGCGGCGCGCCGAGGGGCCCUGCCGGGGGUGCGCGUGAGCGGGCUGAGGUGUGGCGGCGCGCGGGUGGGCCCCGAGACGGCGCGAGGAAGGCCGUCCCGCCCCUUCGGGCCGAGCCCGCGUGCGGGGAGCGAGGUUCCGUCGCGGCGCCCCCCCAGCCCCUGGCGUCCUGAGGGAGAGUGUGCGUGAGUGUGAAGCCGCCUCGCCGCGGGGGGUGAGAGUGUCUGGGCCGAACGCAAACACUCGGUCAACGCAGCCCAACGGCCACGCUCUCGGAGGCCUUCGGCGCCAGCCUGGCCUUCUUUCGCCAACUUGGGCGAGUUUGAAGAGGGGCGAACGUCUCAGCGCUCGCUCGCCCCACCCCCUCGCAGCCGGGCCGCCGCAGGGUCCCGGGCCGCCCCGACCACAGCCCUGGGAGCACCGCUCUCCGCCGCGGCCCCCGGGUGGCGAGGGUUGGCCUCUGAACUCGCUCGUCCAGCCCAACCGCUUCUGCGGCUUCUCCCAGCCCUCGGGGCCGUCCUGAGCGGCCUGGCGAGUCGUCGAGCGCGGCCCCAGCUCCCGCCUCCUCGCCUGCCCCAGCUCUGGGUGGGAGCUUUCGGCCCAUGCAGACCCGGGGUCCCUCCGCGGCCUAGGGCAGGCAGCUCCGGGGGCCUGGCCAACCCCGUGGCCCCCGGGACAGCACGGAGCGCGCGCCCUUGGAUGAGGUCCCGCAGCGACGCCCCGGCCCGCCCCGCUCCUCCUCCUGCCCGGCCAAGCUGCCUCCCAUUUGGGGAGUUUUGUGGGCUUUCUUUCUCCUCCUCCAACCUCCGCAGAGGCCACGACUCAGGCGCCGCAGCCGGGGGCCGCCUCCAUGGUGCGGGUCGGCCGCUGCUGAACUCAGCGAAACCGAGCCUGGCCUGGAGAAGGCCACACAGGAGGCCAAGGCCAUGGCCAUAGCCACGUCGGCCCAGUUGGCUCGGGCACUCUACGACAACACCGCUGAGUCCCCCCAGGAGCUGUCCUUCCGCCGAGGGGAUGUUCUACGGGUACUGCAGAGGGAGGGCGCUGGUGGGCUGGACGGCUGGUGCCUCUGUUCCCUGCAUGGCCAGCAGGGCAUUGUGCCCGCCAACAGAGUGAAGCUCCUUCCUGCUGGCCCGGCACCCCAGCCCCGCCUCACCCAGGUGCUCCCAGCCCAGCAUGGCUCACCACAUCCAGCCCCAGAGCACAGCAAUGAGGACCAGGAGGUAUAUGUUGUGCCACCCCCAGCUCGGCCCUGUCCUACCUUAGGACCUUCACCUGGACCCUGCCUGCCCUCCCCUGAUCCCAUCUACAAGGUCCCCAGAGGGAGUGGGACCCAAUCAGCUGCCCCUGGAGAUGCCUUGGAGGUCUAUGACGUGCCCCCCACUGCCCUCCGAGUUCCCUCCAGUGGCCCCUACGACUCCCCUGCCUCCUUUACCCGCCCUCUAGCCCGGGUUGCCUCACAGGCUCCUGAAGAGGAUGAAGCUCCCUAUGAUGUGCCUUUGGCCCCAAAGUCACCGUCAGAACUGGAGCCAGAUCUGGAGUGGGAGGGAGGCCGGGAACCAGAGCCUCCCCUCUACGCUGCCCCCUCCAACCUGAAACGGGCAUCAGCCCUGCUCAAUCUGUAUGAAGCACCAGAGGAACUGCUAGCAGAUGGGGAAGGUGGAGGCACUGAUGAGGGCAUCUACGAUGUGCCCCUGCUCGGGCCGGAGGCACCCCCUUCUCCAGAGCCCCCAGGAGCCUCUGCCUCCAAUGACCUGGACACCUUGGCCCUGCUUCUGGCCAGAAGCCCCCCACUUCCACACAGGCCCCGUUUGCCCUCAGCUGAGAGCCUGUCCCGCCGCCCUCUGCCUGCCCUGCCUAUUCCUGAGGCCCCCAACCCUUCCCCAGCUCCCUCUCCUGCUCCAGGCCGAAAGGGCAGCAUCCAGGACCGGCCUCUGCCCCCACCCCCACCUCGCCUGCCUGGCUACAGGGGCCCCAAGGUUGAGGGGGAUCCAGAAGGUGGGGAGGUAGAGGAUGAUCCAGCAGGACACCACAAUGAGUAUGAGGGCAUCCCGAUGGCCGAGGAAUAUGACUAUGUACACCUGAAGGGCAUGGAUAAAGCUCAGGGAUCUAGGCCCCUGGAUAAAGCCUUCCCAGGGGAUCCUGAACUGCUGGAGAGGGGGCCACUGGAGCAGCAGGAGGCCCUGUCUGCAGGGGAGCCGCUGGAUCUGCCCACCGGAGAUCUACAGCUCUUGCAUUUCUACGCCGGGCAGUGCCAGAGCCACUACUCAGCACUGCAGGCAGCCGUGGCGGCCCUGAUGUCCAGCACCCAGGCCAACCAGCCCCCACCCCUCUUCGUGCCCCAUGGCAAGCGGGUGGUGGUGGCCGCUCACCGCCUGGUGUUUGUUGGGGACACCCUGGGCCGGCUGGCAGCCUCCGCCUCUCUGCGAGCACAGGUCGGGGCUGCAGGUACAGCGCUGGGCCAGGCAUUGCGAGCCACUGUGCUGGCUGUCAAGGGGGCCGCCCUGGGCUACCCGUCCCGCCUUGCGGCCCAAGAGAUGACACAGCGUGUGGCAGAGCUGGCAGGGCAGGCCCUGCAGUUCACCACUCUGCUCUCCGGCCUGGCCCCCUGAGGGUCCUGCUCUGUCCCUCUCCUGCCUGCCAGAGCCCCCUUUUGGGCCUUAGGUGGCAGGAGGGCUCUGUUUUUAGGGACCAGGAGAGGUGGGGACAUCUCUCCCCUUCCAGUCAUCUCAGCCUCUCACAGAGAUGUCCCUCCCCCCUCCCCCCACAGCUUUUUGUACGAGCCAUUUUGUAUAAAUUAUUUAUAUUUAA